AUGAGCAGGGCUGAGGGCAUCUCACUCACUCUGUGGGUUUUCCUCCUCAUCAUCAUCUCCAGAGCCACCCUCGUAGACGCCAGUUCAGAGAAAUCGGGGGACCAAAGUGAAGAGAAGCGAGAGUUGCUUGGAGUCCUGCAGAAAGUGCUGGAAAAGCUGCAGAACAGAAGAACUGUAACAUGGGAGAGAAAACACAGCCGCCUGCCAGAAUGUAACAUUGGGGAUUUCUGUACAGUGAAGAAAGGCUCUCGAUUCGGUCAGCUCUGCGACUGUCCACGAGGAUCUAAGUGCAAUCUGUUCUUCCUGAAAUGCUUGUAA